AGUUAGCGAAAGUUCUUGUGUUGUGUUUACCGUGACCGUGAAUGUUGAACUUGAGGAUGUAUACGGUUAUUCUUCAGACCCACGUCAUUCAAUUCCUGCUCGCGUUAUUGCCCGCUAUGGUUAGUUCUACACUGCAUUAUGAACACAGUUAUGCACCGGCUCACGAAUAUAAAAAUCACGAUUACAGCUUUAGCUACGGGGUAAAGGACCUUCAUUCGGGUGACGUCAAACAGCAGUGGGAAAAGAAAGAGGGUGAUACUGUUAAGGGAAGUUAUUCGUUGAUUGAACCCGACGGAAGAGUAAGGAUUGUCGACUACCAUGCCGAUAAGGAAAACGGCUUCACUGCAACAGUUAAGCAUAAGGGGGUUGCUAAACAUCCGGUUGACAAGCACGCCCAAGGAUAUUCAGCCGACCACGAAGACGACAAGCCAAUAAGUCAUAACGAGUUUAAUAUCAAACCAGGCACUCCUGUGGUUCAUUACAAUCAUGCUACUACUAACAGCGAAGAUACAAGUUCUUAUUAUGCCAAAGAUACCCACGACCCCGCAAAGUACGAAAUAAAGUACUUUUACCCAUCAGAAGUAAAAAAAUAUCAGGAAGCUUUGGCAGCCCAACAACAAUAUUACCAAUCUAGAGACGCUCAUCCCGUUACAGAAGAGCAAGAAGAAGGCGGAGACGAACAAGAGCAAGAAGAAGGUGAACAACAUGGAAACGAAAGUCAAGAGAAGCAGGUCCAUUACUAUAUCCCUCAGACUUUUGAAAGUAAUGAAGGAAAGUCAGAAAAAAACACCAACAUUCCUCAGGCAUAUCUGGACGCUUCGGAGACCCAGUUACAACCCCAAUCUAUUCCUUUGGAUUUAACGUAUGUGAAACAAGCUGGAUCUGCCCAAACCCCAAUUGGUACAUGGCAGGCCAACAGGCAGAGUCGGAAAGGCCCCUAG